AUGUCGUCCACUAAUGAUACCACAGCUUAUUCCAAAGUUGACGAAUUAGGUAUGAAAAUAGCAUAUGAAGAAGCCCUAGCUGGCUACAAGGAGAAUGGUGUGCCAAUUGGUGGAUGUUUAAUUAAUCAUAAAACUGGUCAAAUUAUCAGUAAAGGUCAUAAUAUGAGAUUUCAAAAAAAUUCACCAACUUUACAUGGUGAAAUUUCAACUUUAGAAAAUGCUGGUCGAUUACCUGGCAAGAUUUAUAAGGAUUGCACAAUGUAUACCACCUUAAGUCCAUGCGAUAUGUGCACUGGUGCUAUAAUUAUGUACGGAAUUCCACGUUGUGUUAUUGGUGAAAAUGAAAACUUCCUCGGUGGUGAAUCUUAUUUAAGUCAAAGAGGUGUUGAAUUAAAAGUGGUUGAUCAUGAUGGCUGUAAAGAGAUAAUGAAUAGGUUUAUCAAAGAGAGACCACAUGAUUGGUUUGAAGAUAUUGGUGAAUGA